AUCAUGUUUGUGCGGUUGGCAACUCUAAAAAACUACUUUAUUCGAAUUGUUUAGUUUUUCGCCCACGCAAUACUGUUUACUUUACCAACAACAACUAAAGCAUAUUUAUAGAAAAAUUGUCGUCCAUGUUUUUGUAAGAAAAUUAUUUGCAAAAAUGCGAAUAAAUAAAGAAGAUGGUAGUGUUAUAAUAAACUCGAGUUUAAUCACUAGCCUUUAAAAUAAGUGUUGUUUACUCAAUAAGAAAAUGGAAAUUCCAAUACAAGUUGCAGUGCGCAUUUUUCCCAGUCCGAAUGCCAAUGCAUGUACAACGUCUGCGGUUAAAAACGAUCCAAAUGGCAAUGUAAGUGCAUCUCCUUGUGAAGAUGAACAACGAAAAUUUGCUGAAAAUGCUGAAGGCACGGGAUGUUGUGUGCAAACAAUACCAGUCACUGCGGCGGUUCAAGGGUUUAUGUCUACCGAUGUACAAAAUAAUGUGGACAAUGGAAUAGCAGGGGGUUUAGUGCAAGUGGGGUCUCAAAGUUACACCAUUACACAUGCAUUACCAGCAGAUUGCACACAAAACCAAGUAUACCAUCAAACAGUAUUUCCACUUAUAAGCUUGUUCAUGGAAGGUUUUGAUGCGUCUGUUGUAACGUAUGGUCAGCAAGGGACCGGUAAAACGUACACACUUUAUGGACCUGGAUUUGAUUGUGUUUACGGAGAGUCCGAUCAAGGAGUUGUGCAGCGUUGUGUACGUGAAAUAUAUGCACUUAUGGCUAACCAUCCAGAGCGUACAUAUGCAGUAAAUAUUGGAUGGGUAGAAAUAUGUGGUGAAGUCAUACGUGACUUACUUGGUGUGGGCAACGUUCAUUGUGCAAACUUGACUGAUGUGUUUCAAUGGUUGCAAAUGGGCAUGAAUAAUAAAGUGAACAAUGGUCAAGAAACCAAUAAUUUUACACAAAUACUAACACAUACGCUGUUUACCUUUACUUUGGAACAGCAGUGGGUAACAAAGGAAGGUCUAAUACAGCAUCGCUUAUCAACAGCCAGUUUUUCUGAUUUAUGUGCAACAAGACGCUUAUUUAUGCUGAGCUCACUUGAUCAACCGCCUAGUCUACCAAAUGAUUUGGGUUUGCAAGCAUUAGAACAUGUUGUGAAUACGCUCACUGAUCCGGCGUUACUAUAUAGUGCAAAUGGGAAUAUUCCCUACAAUCAGACAACACUUACAACAUUACUUAAAGAUUCAUUUGGGGGACGUGCGCAGACUUUAGUCAUUUUAUGUGUUUCACCAUAUGACCGUGAUAUGAGCGAGACUAUAUGUAAUUUGAAGUUCGCUUUAAAAGUACAGUGUGUACGCAACUACGUUAUAAUGAAUAGAUUCUCAGAUGACAAUACACCUAUAUCGCCAGAGGUUGUUCCAGAGAUGCCAAAUGUGACUGGUAUGGGUGGCUUGCCAUCAAUAGUCGAUAAUUUUGGUUUACAGUUUGCAGCUAGUCAAUGGUUUAAAUUAGUUUCUAACGCUGAGGGGCUGUUUGCGAAAUUGAUCUCUUCGAAUAACAUAUCGGAUUUGGAUAAGGAACAAAUAGAGGAGUGGCUUUUUCUUAAACAAGAGUGUGAAGAAUGCUUAAGUUCUAGUGAAGCUAUCCUAGCAAGAUCACAAAAACACCUUGGGCCUAUACAAGAAGCCGAAGAGCCCGAGGAAACAGUUAGUGAGCCUGAAACCACAUGUCAACAAAACUCUGAUAAUGACUCCGAUUCAGAAUCUCAACGUCCUGAUUUGGACGAAAAGUUGCAAUCUUUGAUGAAAGAUUUUAGUUUAAAAACGGAUAGUUUAGUGAAGGAAAAAUACAAUGAUUUUAUUGAAAAACAGCCGAAUGCUGUAAUGAAUAGUUUAGAUAACAUUCGAGACAGAGAUAGAAGAGAAGAUAUAACAGAAAAUCAAGUGGUAGAAAAACUAGAUGAACGUAAAGGAUCCAUAGGUGGGCGUCGCCGGUCUUUACAACCCGGAGCAAGCCUUUCGAGUGCUGAAAUUGCUAUGCUUAAUCGGGUAGCUUCGAGGGAACAAACUACAGCGUCUGACGAUUUCUUUAAUAGUUGUGAUGAUUUGAAACAUGCUAAGCAAAUACGUGCAGCAAUAAAUUCUCCAAUUGAAAAUAUACAGCGUAAGAUACGUAAAUUAGAUACUGACAUUGAAGCAAGACAACGUCAAAUUAAGGAAAUUGAAAAAACAAUGCAAAUAAAGCAAAACAUAAUCACAGAAUUAGUAAAAAACAGUGAAACACGUACAAAAGCCAAGCAACGCGUGAAUAAAAAGAAAUCAAAACUCGAAGCUGAUUACGAAAAGAGCAAAAAACAAUUGACAAAAGCUAUAGCUCAGGGUAAAGAUGAGAACGAAAUAGCUCGUUUGACAGCUUCCAUUCAACAUAUUCAACAACGUCUGCAGGAUCUCAGCUCUAUGAAGCAUAUAGCAGGUGAAUGUGGACAGAAAGUAAAACGACUUCACCAGUCAUUGCAAGAGUACAAAAAACUGAUCGAUGAUUUACAAAAACAAAUUAAAAAAGAAAAAAAAGCGAGAGAUCUGCUCGAUAUAGAGUUGCGUACUCUAAAAGAAAAAGAAAGCAGCAAAGCCGUUGUUAAAGUCGAUGUUGGUGGUUUAGAAGAGCGUGGUAGGAAUCUAAAAGAAGUUCAAGCACGCAUAUCGCAUUUGGACCAUGUACUGCGAGAGAAGUCUGAAAAUCUCGAACAAUAUGAUGAAACAGAAAUUGAACAAAAAGAAGGUUUGCGUCACGAAAUUCGAAAUCUACGACAUACACGCGAUCAUCUGCUCGAUCAGCGUUGCACACUCGAUCGCAAACUGAAACGUGAUAAAAUUUUAUCACAUCGUGAAGAACGUAAGCUAUUGGAAUGUGAUGAGGCAAUUGAAGCUAUCGAUGCUGCAAUCGAAUUCAAAAAUGAACUUAUUUGUGGUCAUAAAUCCAUCGACACAAGUGAACGCAUACAACGCGAGAAGGGUGAACAAAUGUUAAUGGCACGUUUAAAUAAGCUUUCAACAGAAGAAAUGCGUACGUUGUUGUAUAAAUACUUUACAAAGGUAAUCGAUUUACGCGAUUCUUCACGUAAAUUGGAAGUGCAACUAAUACAGUUGGAACGCGAACGAGAUGCUUGGGAAUGGAAGGAACGUGUGCUUUCAAAUGCAGUACGACAGGCACGUUUAGAGGGUGAACGUAACGCAGUUCUGUUGCAACGUCAGCAUGAAAUGAAGUUAACACUUAUGUUGCGACAUUUAGCUGAGGAAACAACAAGUGCCAGUUCAGCUAGUUAUGGUGAACCACCACAUUAUAUACGACCCAAUAAUUUAGCUUUACCUACACAUGCAACAAAUUCGACAAAUUCAUCCCAAUAUACCGACUGUGACUUCGAAAUGGAUUUCUAUAAGAAUACAGCAACUGCAACAGCACAGACAAACAAAAUGAUAAAGGCACACAAGCAUGGAGACUUGGAAAUAUGUCCUUUGCCGGAUGCUUUGACUAAAUAUAAACCAUUAGAUAAAUUAAAGGAGAAAGAGCGUGAAUCGAAAAAUAAAUUGUUUCCCAAAUUUCAGGUACUUAUGCGUUAUGCCGGACAAUCAGUUUCAGUGGCGCAAAACAAUAAUGACACACAUCAAUAUCAGCAACAGCAGCCGCAUGGUGCAGCCAGCGGGCAUGGCAGCAAUAGAAAGAAAGAAAAAGAAGCUAUUGCUGCUAUACCACAAGAGAAUCUUAAACGUUUAAUAUCUGCCCCAUCAGCAACCAAAGUAACAAGACAAAAGAAUAAAAUCAUUAUACAGGAUGCGACACGCAAAAAUUAGACACUUCCUACAAUUCGCAAGUACUGAGUAUGUAUGAAACUAGUAAGUUACUACAAAAUAAAUUUUAGAAUUUAGGAUAAAGUUUAUUAAUAAUUAAGUGAAAAAUGAGCAAUUUGAUAUUUAUUUACUUAUAAACUUAUAAACAACAGGUGUCAUAAAAGAAUCUUAAUACUCACUAGAUUUCCUAUCGAAAAAUUAAGAAGAGCUAAAUCAUAAUUUAGAUAUGCACAUUUGAUAGAAGGCAAAUUAAUUUGGAAAAUUAAAAUAUAAUUAAUCAAUUAAUCAAACGU